UGUCUUCUCCUUCCCUGAACAACCCCGACGCUUCAGAAGAAAAAAAAAAAACCCAAUCCAGAAUCGCAAGAAGCGCGACGCGGCAGCCGAGAGAUCGAGGCGCGCGCCACCCAUGCUGCGCGUCGUCGCCUCCACACUCCCCACCCUCCGCCCGCUCCUCCGGCGCCGUCAUCUGCUAAACCAUAAACCCCUGCUCCGCUCGUGCCUCCCGCCACGGCCGUUCUGCGCCCUCUCGUCGUCCGCGCCUCCUGCCGCCGUCCCCGCGCCCAGCUCCGCGGGGGUGGGAGAGGCGGUGGCGCUGGAUGAGCACCUUACGCGGUGCGCCGCGGCUGGCAGGGCGCCGCUGCGGGUGGCGGUGCUCGUCAGCGGUGGGGUGGACAGCAGCGUCGCGCUCCGCCUCCUCCACGCCGCCGGCCACCGCUGCACCGCCUUCUACCUUAAGAUCUGGUUCCAAGAAGAUUUCAGGAACUUUUGGUCCGAGUGUCCGUGGGACGAGGAUUUAAAGUAUGUACAAGCUGUCUGUGACAAGAUUGAUGUGCCGUUGGAGGUGGUCCAUCUCUCUGAUGAGUAUUGGAACCAUGUGGUAUCUCAUAUCAUCAAUGAGUAUCGAUGUGGUCGUACUCCGAAUCCUGAUGUUCUGUGCAACACAAGAAUAAAGUUCGGGGCUUUCUUAGAAUCCAUUGAAAAUUUGGGAUUUGACUACAUAGCUUCAGGACAUUAUGCACAUGUAAUUCAUCCUUCCGUUGAAAAUACUGAAGGGCCAUCAGUACUACAAUUAUCAAAGGACAAGGUCAAGGAUCAGACAUAUUUCCUCUCACAUCUAUCUCAAUCUCAGCUUAGAAGGCUUCUUUUCCCUCUAGGAUGUAUGACAAAGGAUGAGGUGCGCAAACUGGCUGCUCAAAUGGGCCUUCCUAACCAAAGUAGAAAGGACUCGCAAGGGAUAUGCUUUCUUGGAAAGGUCAAGUUUAGUGAGUUUGUUGAAAGACAUAUAGGAAAGAUGGAGGGGGUCAUACUGGAAGCUGAGUCUGGAGAUUACCUAGGGAAACACCAUGGGUUUUGGUUCUAUACAAUUGGUCAGCGGCAAGGAUUGCGGCUUCCUGGAGGACCUUGGUACGUGGUUGAGAAAGAUGUUCAAAACAAUGUAGUUUUUGUGUCUAGGAAUUACUAUACGCUGGAUAAGAGGAGGCGCACAUUUCGUGUUGGAUCACUAAAUUGGUUUAUCAAUUCUGGACCUGCAAACAAAGAACAACUUAAAUGCAAGGUACGGCAUAGCCCUGAAUUUCAUGAUUGCACAGUGUCAAAUGAGCAAACUGAAGAAAAUGGAGAUGUUUUGGUGGUGCAUCUGUCUGAAGAUGACCAGGGCUUAGCAGCUGGUCAGUUUGCAGCGUUCUACCGUGAAAAUUUAUGCCUGGGUUCAGGCAUAAUUUUGGAUUCGUGGGACAAAAUGAGCUUCCCUGUUUGCUCAAGGGCAUUAGAAAUUGCUAGAUUGGAGGACAAGUCAACCCUAGGGAAGCCAGUAAAGAUUAUGAAUUUGGAACAUAUACUGAAACCAGAACAGGAGCCAAUCGAAGUCGCCUGACACUACUAAAAGUUGGUGUGGCCUUUUCUUGACCGCGUCAGUGGUUCUGCAACACUGCUAUAAGUCGACGGUUUCGCAUGCCCAGCUAAUUCAGGAAUGAGGAGAUUGAGGGGAGUUCCAGACUCUAUCUCGACGUCGCCCCCUGUCAGAACACACUCCAGGUGGUUCUUCAAAAGGCGCCAUAUUGGCAUGCGUUGGCGAGCUUGCGUUUCAGAGGUGAAAAGCUCGCCCGUUGAUAGAAGUGGCGUCAGGUCGUGUAUCAUUGUCCAUGCACGGAUUGACCUGGCAUAAAUUUCCCCGAUCUAGCGGGAAAGGACACGAUGGUUUCUUUUCCUUGGGCACGUCCUCCGCUGAGUCGAAGGAUCUGGAUUCAAUAGUCAGUAGUUACUGUAGUAAAUUAUCCCGAUAAAUCACUGAAUUUAACUUGUAAAUUCUGAGGAUAAUGUCCUUGCGUGAUUCCACUCUAUUGGUCACUUGGCAAAUCUACGUUGAUAACAUUUUUUUACCGUCGGUUCUUGCGUAAACCGGUGUGAUCUAUUACAAAGUUUAUUGGAGAA